GUCUGCCCUUGCUCAGGUACAUAUUUGUGCGGGAGAGGGUCACCAUCGUCCAUGCCCACAGCUCCUUCUCUGCCAUGGCCCAUGAUGCCCUCUUCCAUGCCAAGACCAUGGGACUGCGGACGGUGUUCACGGACCAUUCCCUCUUUGGGUUUGCGGACGUCAGCUCGGUGCUUACCAACAAACUUCUGACGGUGUCCCUGUGCGAUACCAACCACAUCAUCUGUGUCUCCUACACGAGUAAGGAAAACACAGUCCUGCGAGCAGCUCUGGACCCUCGGAUAGUCUCUGUCAUCCCCAAUGCUGUUGAUCCCACCGACUUCACUCCAGAUCUGUCAAGGAGGGACGAUACAACAAUAACAAUUGUGGUUGUCAGCAGACUUGUAUACAGAAAAGGUAUAGAUUUGCUUAGUGGUAUAAUUCCUGAGCUCUGUCAGAAAUAUCCACAGUUACACUUCUUAGUUGGAGGAGAAGGACCAAAACGAAUCAUACUGGAAGAAGUCCGGGAAAGAUACCAGCUACAUGACAGGGUACGUCUCCUAGGAGCCUUGGAGCACCAGGAUGUUAGAAAUGUCCUAGUCCAGGGACACAUUUUUCUCAAUACUUCCCUCACUGAGGCCUUUUGUAUGGCAAUUGUGGAAGCAGCAAGCUGUGGUUUACAGGUGGUGAGCACAAGAGUUGGUGGGAUUCCUGAGGUGCUUCCAGAAGAUCUCAUUAUUCUCUGUGAACCCUCUGUGAAAUCUUUGUGUGAUGGAUUAGAAAAAGCUAUUGCCCAGCUCAAAGCAGGAACACUACCAUCUCCAGAAACCGUUCAUAAUAAAGUAAAGACCUUUUAUACAUGGAGGAAUAUAGCAGAGAGAACCGAGAAAGUGUAUGACAGGGUUGCAGAUGAAGUGGUUUUACCAAUGGAUGAGCGACUUAACAGACUUAUGUCUCACUGUGGCCCAGUGACUGGGUAUAUUUUUGCUCUUUUUGCUGUUCUGAACUUCCUUUUCUUGGCAUUUCUGAGGUGGAUGACUCCAGAUUCCAUUAUUGAUGUUGCAAUAGAUGCCACAGGACCUAAAAGUGCAUGGACUAAACAGUAUUUUUUGGGAAAAAAAGGAAGCGUUAAAGAAGAUCUUCCAAGCUCCUGAAGUGCUCAAAUUGAGAGGAAAGGAUGCAUCAGUCAGUAAAGAUUUUAAUGCUUGCUUAUAGAGACAUUACUCUUAAAAUUCUUCCGUUUCUUUCUGAAGUCCUAGAAAGAAACUUGGUUAAAUGUACUACCUCAAUUUAGGAUGAUGUUUUAAUUUAGUUUUGGAUUC